AGCGGCAGCAAAUGUAAUUUGCAGCCAGGGUCAACAUCUUGAUGUGGGUCUGGCUUGUCAGGCUAUUUGUUUGCUACACACUACACAGAGAUUGUGGGGGCGUUGCUAAGCAACCGUCAGCUAGCUAUAAACGGACGUGAGGGAGAAGAUAAGGAGCAAAUCAAGCUUGCGAAAAAUUAUUAUUUUUGAAGAUACAAAUUCGCAGCCGCAUGUUGAACACUUUCCUGAGUCAAAACACAGGGAAGACGUUUUAUAAGCUGGAGCUGGAGUUUGCACAGGUAGCCAGCCUCUUCCUGGCUCGACUCACCACCUGGAUGAGACUCACAUACAUGUUUGGGACAUUCUUGGGACUGCAGCUUAAAGCAAUUGGGAUUUUCCUCUCUGUAUCGGGCCAUGAUCAGUACCUAAUGGAGUUCCUGGAGGACGGAGGUGUUCUCACCCUGGACAUCUUGAACCACACUGAAACCAAAGAGGAGGAGAAGUCCGAGGCCCUCUGUUUUCUGCUCACCGUCUCAAAUGCUGGUCGCAAGUACAAAGAGAUUAUCUGUGAAAGCCAUGGUGUGAAAGCCAUCGCAGAGUGCUUAGCUAAGUCAAACACCGAUGAAACCCAAGAGGCAGCAUGGGCCCUCCUGGAGUCCCUGUCGCAUGGAAACCCCAAAUAUCAAAACCAAAUCUACAAAGGUCUGAUUGCUCUCAUGACUUGUACCUCGCCUCAGGCCCAGCAGCUGGUCCUGCACACAUUACACACUGUGCAAGUAUAGCAUGAGAGUACACACUAAGCAUAUUAUAAUGCAAGCAUGUACUUUCAUCAUUCUCAGAGCAUGCAUGUGCCCUCAUCUUUGCUCUUCCACACAAUGGACCUUAUAGAAAAAUGUGAUAUACUGUAUUUACCAUAUAAGAUCACUAUCCUCUCUCACAGUCCAAAAUGAAAACAGCCCAUCACAGCGUUGUAGACCCUCUGCUGUAUAUGCUCAGGUCCCUGCA